AUGGGAAUGAGGGUAUCUUCCAUGUGGUAUUUGCUAUUGUCGACAACGAAAUCGAUGAUAAUUGAACCUGGUUUCUCGCUACACUCGGCAAGGCAAUAUAUGGUGAAGACGACUACUGUGAAAUUAUUACUUUCGGAUCGGUCGAAGGGCCUUAUAAACGUCAUCACAAGAGUGUUCCCGUCAUCACCGCAUGGUUAUUAUCUACGACAUUUGGAGGCGAACUUCAUGAAAGCGAACGCUAAAGUUGGCAAAACAUUGCAAGAGCAACAUUGGGUUAUAGUUGUCAAAAUUGCGAAUGAUUGCAUAGCCAAACAGUUUGAUGAUGCCAUUACUGAACUUCUGAUGACAUCGUCGGAGGCACACGAUUGGUUACUGCACAAGUCGGACGUUGAUUACAGGGCUAAUUAUUUAUUGAAGGGUAUGUGCUGGUGUAAGAUCUACUCCAACGUGGCAGAUUCAUUCAACACCUGGAUCAAAGAGGUGCGCCAUCUGCCGGUGACAAGCCUGGUUGACUCAAUAAGGUGGGAUACACAUAUUUGUCCGGAGAUACACAAAAGGGUUGAAUUGGUUAUUGAAGAUUGCAGGUUCUUAAGGGUGGGUUUUUCAAUGUCUGACACUUAUGAAAUAGUUGACAAUCACAACAAUGUUGUCAGUCUACCGAACCAGAAGUAUUCUUGUAGAAAAUGGGAAGUCCAUGGCCUCCCAUGCAAGUAUGCAUGUGAGACGAUCAUGCAAAUAGACAUGAUCGUGCACAGUUAUGUGGCAGAUUACUUUACAGUGGAAUAG